CGCUCCCUCCAACCUCCUCUCUUCGUUGUCCCUUCCCCGCCUUCGCCCGCCUUCCUUGAAGGGCUUUGUGCAUACACCUUACGCUCACUUACUCAAUCGCGAACCUCAUCAAGUGUCGAUAUGCGCACCACCUACGUCACCACUGUGUUCGCCCUCUUCUUUGCCGCACUGUUCGGCGUGGUGUCUGCGGCCCACACGGGACCGCGAGGUGCGGGACACAAGGAUGUGAUCAGACGUAGCAGGCAGACGGAGGUGGCGAAGCGCGACUCGAUGCGUUUCACGUACUACGUCGUCGGGCUCGGCGCGUGCGGGGGCUUUAGCAACCCUGGGCAGUUUGUCGUCGCGCUCAAUGCACCUGAGUUCGACCAGGGAAAGAGCAGCGGGAAUGAUCCCUGUUGGAAGAUGGUCACCAUCUGGUACGGCGGCAAGUCGACCCAGGCGCAGGUUGUCGACCGUUGCGCUGGAUGCCCGGAGGGCGGGCUCGAUUUCUCCAUUGGCCUCUUCUCGUUCUUCUCGACCCUCGGUGCGGGCGUCCUGUACGGCAAUUGGUACUACUCAUAAACAACUCGCCCCAAACGCGAAACCGUUUCACUCGGAGAACGUGGAUGGCAAGAAGAGAUCGUAGAUACCCCUUGACUCUUAAUCCUUAUUUCCCUUGGACAUACGGACCCUCGCUUACACUCCUUUUCGUUUCUUGCUACCUUGGACUUUGAACCAGACAUUAUUCGGGUAUCCUAAAGUUAGUAUCUGCAGGCGACGUUCGCCCUGCGCACUUACAUACGUUAAUUCUGUUUGAUACUCGAUAGUACUCUGAAGUGAAGUUUGAUUAUUGUGAUGUCGUAGUUUUCUUGAUAUCGAUGUUAUG